CAUCCAACAGAAAAUCAUGCAACUUUGGAAAGCCCCAGUUUGCUUUUAUGUAAAGGUUUGUCACCAUCGGAAUUUUCUUUACACGAAUGUUUAUCGUAGUUGUUUUCACGUCAAAGUACAAUUCGCUGCCAAUGUGUACGUGCAGGAUUCAUAGGUGUGUGUUUUAAUUAGAGCCCGUGCGCUACUGAGGUGUCAGUGAUGCGCUGAACGCGCCGCGCCAGCAGUGCGUCUCUACUCCGCGCGCGCGCCUCUCCUCGCGUCCAGGUGUCACAUUCUUCGGAUGCUUCUUAUCAUUUGAACCCGAGAACGAAUCACCAUGACGGACUCCUCUUCUGUUGCUGACCCCACUUCUAAUCCCGUGGAUCCCGGCCCCGGUGCUGGUUCUGUUCCGUUUCCAGCGGUGGUUGAUCCAGCGAUGUCUCCUGCAAACGGACAGCAGCCGAACCCAGCCGACACUUUCAGCAUGGAGCAGCAGAUGAAAAUGGGCGAAACGGACGAUAACGGUCUCCUGGAAAGCAGCAUGCGUCUGAAACCCCACGAGGCUCAGAACUACAGAAAAAAGGCAUUAUGGGUAUACUGGGUGUCCAUCGUGGUGACUUCGAUCCUUGCCAUCGCUGCGUUCACCGUUUCAAUAAUGCGACACAGCGCGUCUGCAUUUGGGUUUGCAUUUGACGCCACCCUCGACGUCCUCUCUUCCAUGAUAGUGCUUUGGCGAUACAGCAACGCUGCAGCCGUGCAUUCGGCACACAGAGAGUACAUAGCGUGUGUUAUUCUUGGGGUGGUGUUUAUCCUGUCUGCCAUCACUAUUCUGGUGAAAGCCAUCCAUGAUCUCGUCACAAAGCUUCAACCUGAAGUGGAUGAUUUCCUGUACAGCGUGUCUGUUAUCAGCGGUGUGGUUUGCACGAUUCUGUCCGUCUUUAAGUUCAUGCUGGGGAAAGUCCUCACCAGCAGGGCCCUCAUCACCGACGGUUUUAACUCUCUGGUUGGAGCUAUAAUGGGAUUUUCCAUCCUAAUCAGCGCCGAGGUGUUUAAACACGAGCCCAGCGUUUGGUAUCUGGAUGCUUCCAUCGGCUUUCUCAUGGGACUGAUCAUUCUCGCCUACGGAGUCAAGCUGUUGAAGGACAUGGUCCCGCGCGUCAGGCAGACGAGGCAUUACGAACGUUUCGAGUAGGAUUCUGUGAAGACGAAACAUCUCGAAACAAUCCCGUGGAGAUUC